UCCGCAAUGCUCAAGUCCACCGUCGUCCUCCUCCUUCCUGCUGCCGCCGCUUUUGCGCCAAAUGGAUUGCUCCUCAACUCCAACAAUGGCCGUCUUGCUCAGAAGAACGCCGCGAUCUCCCUUCGUGCAGCGGAGGCCACUGCGUUCGUUACCACCCAGUCCAAGAAGAUCAUGGACGAAGCUAAGACUCUGAUGCCUGGAGGAGUUUCCAGUCCUGUUCGCGCGUUCAAGUCUGUUGGAGGCGAUCCGGUUGUGUUUGACAAGGUCAAGGGCGCGUAUGCCUGGGAUGUCGAUGGCAACAAGUACAUCGACUACGUUGGAACUUGGGGCCCCGCCAUCUGCGGACACUGCGUGGACGAAGUGAACGAUGCUCUCAGAGCUACCCUUGAGAAGGGAACGUCCUUCGGAGCUCCUUCCCUCAACGAGAAUGUUCUCGCCAAGAUGGUGAUUGAUGCCGUCCCCUCCGUCGAGAUGGUUCGCUUCACCAACUCUGGAACAGAGGCUUGCAUGGGAAUGCUCCGUCUUGUUCGCGCACACACUGGACGCGAGAAGAUCAUCAAGUUUGAGGGAUGCUACCACGGGCAUGCUGACGGUUUCCUUGUCUCUGCUGGAUCUGGUGUAAUCACUCUCGGACUUCCUGACUCUCCUGGAGUCCCCAAGG